GUAUGCAUUGCGUUAUGUCUGAUCACCGUUUGACUAGCACAGUCUGGAAGUGGGUUGUGCACGAUGAGAGUGAGCAGCCUAAUUGCUCUCCCCGCAUCAGCAGCAUCUAUAAAGCAUCCUGGGAAUUGCUCGCCCCACGUUCAGAGCAGCUGGUCACAUGAGCCUGAAUUUUCAGUUCAGUUCAUUAGUCAGCCAUUUUGGUCAACACCCUGCUUACUGCGCACAACCAAUCCUAUCAGAACUCAGCAUCCCAGCUCAUCUGAGCAGAUCCUGGAAGUGAUUUCUGCAGUUCAGGAUUUUUUUUUUAGCUAAAUUGAAAAUAUACUCUUAUUUUCCAUUGUUUUUUCUUUUUUCUUUUGUAUUCUUUUUCUGCACAAAGAAGGAGAAUUUUUCACUUAUUCAUGCCAAUGCCAGUUUUUUAAAGACAGCUAAGGCAGCAUCGGCCGUGCAGGAUUUAAAGCUUCUAGCUCAGCUGGAAAGAGAUAGAGAAAAGAAGAUAAAAGCAAAGGAAGCUGGGAGAAGACAAGCAUCGUCUUAUUUUGCGAUGUGGUAGGAACUAUCUAUCAGAAAAGAUAGUAUAGAAUUGUUUCUCUUGAGCAAUAGGUUUUUAAACCAUAAGAUUUUUUUGUUUUGUUGUGUUUUUCUUUUUUUUAUUUAUUUUUUUGGAACCUUCCCCACCCCAUUUUCUGAAAGCUUUGUUCCAGAGCUUCAGAUUUGGGGGGUCUUGAUCAGGAGGUUUUAUUUAUUUUUGUGGGGUGCGUUUGCGUUUGUGUGUGUGUGUGUGUGUGUGUGUGUGUGUGUUUGUUGUGGUCCCAGCUGAGUCAUCAUGUCUGCUCUGACGCCUCCAACCGAUAUGCCAACCCCCACCACUGACAAGAUCACACAGGCUGCCAUGGAGACCAUCUACCUUUGCAAAUUCCGAGUGUCUAUGGACGGAGAAUGGCUCUGCCUCCGAGAGCUGGAUGACAUCUCACUUACACCUGACCCAGAGCCUACGCAUGAAGACUCUUGGGAGGAUUUGACAGAUUUGGUGGAGCAAAUGCGCGAUGAUACAGAAGAUCCUAAUUAUCUCAUGGCUAAUGAACGCAUGAACCUGAUGAAUAUGGCCAAACUGAGUAUCAAGGGCUUGAUUGAAUCAGCUCUGAACUUGGGGAGGACUCUCGACUCGGACUACGCACCUCUCCAGCAAUUCUUCGUGGUGAUGGAGCACUGUCUGAAACAUGGUUUGAAAGCUAAAAAAACUUUUCUUGGACAAAAUAAAUCCUUCUGGGGUCCUCUAGAACUGGUAGAAAAGCUUGUUCCAGAAGCUGCAGAGAUAACAGCAAGUGUCAAAGAUCUUCCAGGACUUAAGACUCCAGUAGGCAGAGGAAGAGCCUGGCUACGUUUGGCAUUAAUGCAAAAGAAACUUUCAGAAUACAUGAAAGCUUUGAUCAAUAAGAAGGAACUUCUCAGUGAAUUCUAUGAACCCAAUGCCCUCAUGAUGGAAGAAGAAGGGGCCAUAAUUGCUGGUCUCUUAGUGGGUUUGAAUGUUAUUGAUGCCAACUUCUGUAUGAAAGGAGAAGAUCUAGACUCUCAGGUUGGAGUUAUAGAUUUUUCAAUGUAUCUCAAGGAUGGGAACAGCAGUAAAGGUAGUGAAGGAGAUGGUCAGAUUACUGCAAUUCUGGACCAGAAAAACUAUGUAGAAGAACUGAACAGACAUCUGAAUGCUACUGUAAACAAUCUUCAGGCAAAAGUAGAUGCCUUAGAAAAAUCCAACACCAAACUGACAGAGGAGCUUGCAGUUGCAAACAACAGGAUUAUUACCUUGCAAGAAGAAAUGGAACGAGUUAAAGAGGAAAGCUCCUACAUAUUGGAAUCCAACCGAAAGGGUUCUAAGCAAGACAGAACUUCAGAAGGACAAGCACUUAGUGAAGCAAGAAAACAUUUAAAGGAGGAGACCCAAUUACGACUGGAUGUUGAAAAAGAACUGGAGCUCCAGAUAAGCAUGAGACAAGAGAUGGAACUGGCCAUGAAGAUGCUGGAGAAGGAUGUCUGUGAGAAGCAGGAUGCCCUGGUGUCUCUGCGGCAGCAACUGGAUGACCUCAGGGCUCUGAAGCAUGAACUUGCCUUUAAGCUGCAGAGUUCAGACUUAGGAGUAAAACAGAAAAGUGAACUGAAUAGUCGCUUGGAAGAGAAGACUAAUCAGAUGGCUGCUACCAUCAAACAGCUGGAGCAAAGUGAAAAGGAUUUGGUGAAACAGGCAAAGACCUUAAAUAGUGCAGCAAAUAAACUGAUUCCAAAACAUCAUUAGACGUUGGGCUUCAGUUGGUCACCUCACAAGUCUGAUAUCACAACUUAAUUGUAAAAGGAAGAAAUCUGAAAGUUAUUGCAUUUAAGUUCUGAUUCUAUAUAAAAUGUCUCCAAAAGUUGACUUUGAAUUUCUCGGACUUUUAAAAAACCAAUUGGAUAUAUAGGUUGGGGUUUUUCUUCUUCUUCUUCUUCUUCUUCUCCUUCUUCUUAUUUUCCCCCACAGAGUUAGAAAAUUUGAUAUAAAUUCCUAAUUAAAUGCCAAAUAAACUUUGAGAAAUUAUUUCUGAGUUGACCUAUAAAUAAAAACAUUAAAAAAAAAAAAGGCCUAGGGAAUUGAAGCUCUGUACAUAUAUUAACGAUGCCUUGACCAUCCAGUCCUUGAUAAUACCAGAUUCUAGGUGCAUUGUUCGUGUCUGUAUCAGUCAGCCUUCUCUGCCAUUGCAAUGUAAUGAACUAGAGGUGACUCCCACGUGAACUUGGACUCCUCUAAAGUAGCUCCAUGUCUCUUAGGCCGUUGCCCCUUUACACUUUUGUUACAUAGGUUUAAUCCCCAAGCUGAGGAUAAGUACGCAAUAUCUCACUACAGUUCUACUCUCAGUAACCAAGACUGCUUGCAACUUUUUUGCCUUAGUAACUUCAGGGGUGAAAAAUAAUCCUUACAUUUCUCUACAAUACAUAGAGAUAAAGUUAGUAAUUAGGUUACUUAUGAUAACAUUGUAAUGUGGAAGCUUUGGGAAAACCCUCUUAAUAUUUGCCAUCUUCUACCUCUACCAUUUUUCUGCAGUUCCUACUUAGCUCAGAGAGAAAAAAUUUACUAAAAACUCUCCUCUACAGAAAUUCACUGUUCAUUUUAAAAUCCGCUUUUGCUGUUGGAGGAAAGAGGACAAGGUAUAGACACGCGUGAUGAUUUCCUGCCUGUCAUUCCUUACCCGGAAGCCUUCUCUUUAGAGUUGUGUUCCUUUUUAUUCAGACGGGAAUCUGCUAAACGUCCUGGGAAACUAAUAAUUUAAUUAUUAGAGAGACAUAUCAGAGUAGGAAAGAGAAAAAUGACAAUUUAAUAUUCCUUAUUAUUAUUUAAAGUAAAAAUAAAGGUUCUUGGUAGAUAUCCACAAGCAAUAUUAGCAGGGCUUCUUUCUCUAAGUGACCACAGAUCUAACCCUUUCUAAGAACCUUUACAUUGUAAAUAAUCGUUGAAAUACUUCAAUUUUUAAAAAAUGAUUUGAGAAGAGAGGCUUUACAUAAGUCUUCAUUCCUUUAAAAGGUCUUGACAAAAUACUGGGGUUUUUUGUUUGUUUGUUUUUGUUCUGGUAUGCUUGGCAGCAUUUAUGCUGCUUAGAUGAGGACGAAGAUAACCGCUUUCCAUCCAGCUCUUCAAAUUCUUUACUUUUUUGGUAAAAUGAGAAUUAAUAAAAGAGCAAGAUAAAUUCCAUGUGUGCUGUUAUAGGGUCCUUGCACAGACUUGAACUAAAACCAAGUCAAAGAACCCACAUCUAGACCAACUUUAUAGAAGAGCCUGUGCUCUUGAACUCAGUUCUUAUAAUUUUGCACCUAUAUAAAUAACGCUCUUAUUUUGAAAUAUCUUUGUCUUCGUCAACAUUUUACGGUGAUGCAUUACCUUUCUAUGAGCAUUUGGAUGGAGUGAUCAAACACCAAAAUAAUGCUUUCUGAAGACUACACAUAGCAUGCGGCUAAAUUUUACUACAUAAAGCUCCGAGCGUUUCACCCUCUAAAAUGUUUCUUUAUGGGUGCAAAGUUAGAAGAUGCACAAAAGAAAGCAUGCAUGAGAAUCUUCAGUGAAUGUGGGCAGGACUCUCACGCAGACCCAGUGCUGAGUUUUUUGUCCACUUAGUCACACACCACGUGGUAGGGGUGGAAAAGGAAAGGAUAGCCAAAUUCUGAUGGCUUCUUCUCAGAUAAUAACCUGAAGCCUGGGUAAGGUAGUUGUGUAAUGUCCUAUGAUUUAAUAUAUGUGGUUUGGGGAAAGGAUUAGAAAAAUGUGAUAAUCCCACAGAUAAGAAGGUAGUUGCCCAUUUGCAAGUUCCAGUUAUGUGUGUAAAACAGAAAUAUAAAGUACCAAACUAAUUAGGAAAUAAAAACAAAAAAAAGUGGAUUUAACUUAAAUUACCUGUGUACUUGAGGUUGGCUUUGGAUAUGGAUUUCUAAAAAGUGAUGUUUUAUUGUUUAUCAUCUAAUGGCUGUAAACUGUAGUACUAGAAUAAAAAAAAAAGUGGAAAAUGAGCAUUUCCUCUGCCUGGUUCACCUUCAUCUUGCUUUUCUUUAGAGUUUGUUCCUUCUCCAUCUCUUCCCUCCCCGUGUCCUGCAAAGUUUUUUAUUUUUUGUUUUUGUUGUUGUUGUUGUUGCUCGCCUUGCCUUCUUCCUUGGGCUAUUUUAUUUUGCGUUGUGGACUUGGUCUUCCUCCCCACCGUGGCUUUUGUUUUUUAU